AUGAGGGGGCCCAUUACCUCAGACAAAGAAGAAUGCCUUGGAAACAUCAAGAAACUCCAAGUCAUGAGUGGGAACGACAUGAAGAUGUCCCAAUUCGAGAGCAUUUACCGAACCGCGUGUCGUAUGUGGUUUCUGUCGCUGGACAAGCCAUUGGCCAGCCAAUUGUUCGACCCGUUCCAGAAAAAGCGGGACCUAGCAUUCGAGGGGUGGGGAAAGUGUUUCGAAGUAUUGCAGAACUACUUCCAGUUCUUUUCACACUGCUGCUUGUGGAGCAACGAGGAGGUUCACAAGAUGCUCGUAAAGAUGCUUCAAGUGUUCCUCCUUGUACCCAACGGGUUUCAGCCCGAGCCCUUGGACCCCGAGAAGCUGUCUACGACCGCGUCACAGAAUACACGCAAGGCCGCUUUUCCUACGACAUUACGCGACGCGUACGAAGUAAAUGCUCAACAUCUGGUUGGGUAUCUUAACACCAACGAUGUCAACACAAUCAAGAUCGCGAACGAUGAGCGCUUUAUCCGCGCGCAGAAGGCGAAGAACAAGAACGAAGCAGAGAAGAUCAAGCGACUUCGAGAGCAAAUUGCUAAAGCUGAAGCGCUCGAGGCAAAAAAACGCAAAGACGACGAAGAGAAGGAGCGGCAACGCAAGAUUGAUGAAGAGGCGCAUGCCCUUCAGGCGUUGGAUGAGGAGAACCGUUUGCGCCAAGAAAGUGAAGCGCAGCGUGAGAAGAAGCGGAAGCGUGACGCUAUUCUCUCCAAAGAAGCUCGUCAAGAACUUGGCGAUGAUCAACCGCGAAAGUUCAGGCGCUUACGUCGGGCCAGAUCGAAAGGAAAAAAGCGAAAGUCGUCGAAGUCGAAGGAUGACAAGAUUCGUAUUAUGGAGUGUGACUGCACUGGUCCUCCAAGCGAGUUCUUAGAGAAGCUCCAAGGAUCGGUCAUUGACUUGACUGGUGAAGACGACGUACUUCAAAUUGAAGUUAGCGCGGCCACAUUCCAACGUUUCUCGACUAUGAACAUCCCCAACGUGGCGGUUCACGGCAAUGUGACUCUUGUGUGUCACAAGCCAAACGAGUUUUUCGAAGCCUUCAAGUCCAAGGCGAUAACGAUUUCUGGAAGCGACAAAGAGCCCAGCGAGGAAGAAAAAGAAGACUUUGAUCAAGACAAUGAAGAUGAUAGUGACGAUGACGACAAUGACGACGAAGAUGAUUUCAGUAGCAUAGUGUGA